UUUUGGCGCCCCCUCUAGCGCAGCGCCCCUGUGCGUCGCGUGCCCACGUUUUGCGCCGCUGUUUCCAGUGAUUGCCAUAGUCUGAAGGUAAAACUGAGUCGACACGUCAUUGGCUCUCACUCUGGCUGUGUUUGUGUGUAUUUUAAAGGAAGGAAGGGAGGAGGAGACAGCGUGGAAGUGGAAGUGGAAGAAGCUUUUGUCGCAGUAACACAACUUCUCCAGUCGGGCAGCUGCUUUUCUACAACACAUCCUCCAACGGUCGAGUCCGUCCGACAGACCGACCGAGUCGACAUGCCGCCGGUCAGUCUGUGCUCUCCGUGACACCGGGAGGGUGAGAGUGACCUCGGCUUGCUUGUCACUGAACGCUGGCGCGGAAGCGAAAGGCUCGGGGGUUGGGGAAAGACCGACACCUCCCUGCGUCUUUCCCGGCGCCGGGCAGACACGAACCCCGGAUCGGCCGCAGGGAACCAACCGCAACGGCGGUUAGCUGGGAAGCUAACAGGCAUAUAAACCGAGGAUAUCCGUUCAGUUGAGCUUUGAGUAGAAAGCAGCGGCGACGGCGUGAAAAUGGAUUAAAAAUGAAGGGCGGAACUGUCUAAUCAUCCAAAUAGGAGGGCAUCUCUCUCUCUCUCUCUGUCAAAGGUAGCUCUCUUCAGCUUACCUGUGCAGCAGAGCUGAGAGACAGAGCAGAAGAUGCCUCCAAGGCCGUCCUCAGGGGAGCUAUGGGGCAUCCACCUGAUGCCCCCAAGGAUCCUAGUGGACUGCCUGCUGCCCAAUGGGAUGAUUCUGACCUUGGAGUGUCUCCGAGAGGCCACGCUAAUCACCAUCAAGCAUGAGUUGUUCAAGGAGGCCAGAAAAUAUCCCCUCCAUCACCUCCUGCAGGAGGAAACCUCCUACAUUUUUGUCAGUGUUACACAGGAAGCUGAGCGGGAGGAGUUCUACGAUGAGACUCGAAGGCUGUGUGACCUUCGACUCUUCCAGCCUUUCCUCAAAGUGAUCGAGCCGGUCGGCAACAGAGAGGAAAAGAUCCUGAACAGAGAGAUCGGUUUUGCCAUCGGCAUGCCUGUGUGUGAGUUCGACCUGGUGAAGGACCCAGAGGUCCAGGACUUCAGGAGAAACAUCCUGAAUGUUUGUAAAGACUCUGUGGAGCUGAGAAACGCCAGCGGUCCUCACAGCAGAGCGCUGUACGUUUACCCCCCCAGCGUCGAGUCGACACAGGAACUUCCCAAACACAUCUAUAGCAAACUGGACAAAGGUCAGAUUAUUGUUGUAAUAUGGGUGAUCGUUUCCCCAAACAAUGACAAGCAAAAGUAUACACUAAAGAUCAACCAUGACUGUGUGCCGGAACAGGUGAUUGCAGAGGCCAUUCGCAAGAAGACGCGCAGCAUGCUGUUGUCCCCAGAGCAGCUGAAGAUGUGUGUUCAAGAAUAUCAGGGGAAAUACAUCCUCAAAGUUUGUGGCUGUGACGAAUACCUGCUGGAAAAGUAUCCCAUAAGCCAGUACAAGUACAUCCGUAGUUGCAUCAUGUUGGCCAGGAUGCCAAACCUGAUGCUAAUGGCUAAGGACAGCCUGUACACUCAGCUGCCUACUGAUAACUUCGUCAUGCCAUCAUACUCUCGACGUAUCUCCACGGCAACGUCGUACAUGAAUGGAGAGGCUUCGUCCAAGUCGCUGUGGAGCAUCAACGGGACUCUGCGAAUACGAAUCCUCUGCGCUACCUACGUCAACGUGAACAUACGGGACAUAGACAAGAUUUAUGUGAGGACUGGAAUUUACCAUGGAGGUGAACAAAUGUGUGACAACGUCAACACACAGAGAGUACCCUGCUCUAAUCCCAGGUGGAAUGAGUGGCUCCCGUAUGACAUGUACAUCCCGGACAUCCCCCGAGCUGCCAGGCUCUGCCUCUCCAUCUGCUCUGUUAAAGGCAGAAAGGGAGCCAAGGAGGAACACUGUCCACUAGCUUGGGGCAACAUUAACCUAUUUGACUACACUCACACUCUGGUGGCCAACAAGAUGGCUCUGAACCUCUGGCCAGUCCCUCAUGGCCUUGAAGACCUCCUCAACCCAAUAGGAGUCACUGGAUCUAAUCCCAAUAAGGAAACGCCAUGUCUGGAGCUGGAGUUUGACCACUUCAGCUGUCCUGUCAAAUACCCAGACAUGAAUGCAGUGGAAGAUCAUGCAAACUGGAUCAUCUCCAGGGAACUGGGGUUUAACUUCAAUCUCUCAGUCAACCACUCGGGAACCCAACAGAGCAGUCGGGUGGCCAGAGAUCACGCCCUGACGGAAAGCGACAGCGAACAGAUGCGACAGCUGAGUAACAGGGACCCUCUGUCUGAAAUCACUGAGCAGGAGAAAGACUUCCUCUGGAGACACAGGCAUUACUGUAUGAACAUCCCAGAGAUCCUUCCCAAGAUACUUCUUGCUGUCAAAUGGAACUCCAGAGAUGAUGUAGCGCAGAUGUAUUGUUUGUUGAAGGAAUGGCCAUCGAUCCGUCCAGAACAGGCCAUGGAGCUGCUGGACUGUAAUUACCCAGACCCCAUGGUCAGACACUUCGCUGUACGCUGCCUUGACAAAUACUUGACCGACGAUAAACUCUCCCAGUACCUUAUCCAGCUUGUUCAGGUAUUAAAAUACGAGCAGUAUCUUGACAGUCCGCUAGCUCGCUUUCUCCUCAAAAAGGCCCUGACCAAUCAAAGGAUAGGCCAUUUCUUCUUCUGGCAUCUCAAGUCAGAAAUGCACAACAAAACUGUGAGCCAGAGGUUUGGGCUGCUGCUGGAGGCUUACUGCAGGGCUUGUGGCAUGUACCUCAAACACCUGAGCAGGCAGGUGGAAGCCAUGGAGAAGCUCAUCAACCUCACCGACAUACUCAAACAGGAAAAGAAGGAUGAGACACAAAAGGUCCAGAUGAAGUUUCUUGUAGACCAGAUGAAGAGACCCGACUACAUGGACGCUCUGCAGAGCUUCACCUCUCCACUCAACCCUGCACAUCAGCUGGGAAAUCUGAGGUUGGAGGAGUGCAGGAUCAUGUCAUCCGCAAAGAGACCGCUGUGGCUCAACUGGGAGAAUCCUGACAUCAUGUCUGAGUUACUGUUUCAGAAUAAUGAGAUCAUCUUCAAAAACGGAGAUGAUUUGCGGCAGGAUAUGCUGACGCUGCAGAUAAUCAGAAUCAUGGAGAACAUUUGGCAGAACCAGGGACUGGACCUACGGAUGCUCCCCUACGGCUGUCUGUCUCUGGGAGACUGCGUGGGCCUGAUAGAGGUGGUUCGAAACUCCCACACCAUCAUGCAGAUUCAGUGUAAAGGAGGCUUGAAAGGAGCCUUGCAGUUCAACUCCAACACGCUGCAUCAGUGGCUCAAGGACAAAAACAAAGGAGAGACGUAUGACAUGGCUGUGGAUCUGUUUACGAGGUCCUGCGCUGGCUACUGUGUAGCCACGUUUAUUCUGGGGAUCGGAGACCGACACAACAGCAACAUUAUGGUCAAAGAUGACGGACAGUUGUUUCAUAUAGAUUUUGGCCAUUUCUUGGAUCACAAGAAGAAGAAAUUUGGCUACAAGAGAGAGCGAGUCCCGUUCGUACUGACUCAAGACUUCCUCAUCGUCAUCAGUAAGGGAUCCCAGGAGUGCACAAAGACCAAAGAGUUUGAAAGGUUCCAGGAAAUGUGCUACAAAGCAUACCUGGCCAUCCGCCAGCACGCCAACCUCUUCAUCAACCUGUUCUCCAUGAUGCUGGGCUCCGGUAUGCCUGAGCUGCAGUCGUUCGACGACAUCGCCUACAUCCGGAAGACGCUGGCGCUGGAGAAAAGCGAGCAGGAGGCUUUGGAUUAUUUCAUGAAGCAGAUGAACGACGCCCACCAUGGAGGUUGGACCACCAAGAUGGACUGGAUUUUCCACACGAUUCGGCAGCAUGCACUAAACUAAACGCAUUAAACUCAACAUAGAAUAUUUAUUACUACACUUUUUGAAGGGAUUUAUUUUUCCAUUCACGGCAAACUCUAUGAAACUCUAUGAAGUUUGCCUUUUGAUUAAUUUUUGAAGCACUUUUUCCCUUGUUUUGUAAACGAGGUUCUGGGUUUUCCUCCAUUUUCCUUUUUGUUUGCCUUUAUUCAGGGUGUGCUGCUUUUGUCAGUGUGUCAAAUUUUCCUCAGGACCCUGACGGUAAUAACCUUCCCCAGACUUUCAUGUUUGAAAAAAAAAAAAAAAGGAAAUUUCUUCCCUUAUUUUGCUGCGCUUUAAAUAAAUUCAACACAACUUGGAGGAGCCACGUCCGCCAAGGUGUUAAUGUAGCUGCAAAGCAAGUCUGACUUGCUGACCUUCAGUCGUUGCAGUGCUGCACUUUUUCUCAACUUUGCUGGAGAGGGGGAAGGCACAGGAAACGGUGCACAGAUUUUGUGGAUCAUCUCCCAUCUACAAUGUCUUCCACAGAUAAUUUUACCUUUUUUCAUUGUUUGGGUUUUUUGAGCAGAAAUUUAAAGACUAAAAAGCAUCAGAGAUGAUCUCCUGAGAUUUUCUUUCUUCGGCGACUUCUUGUCGUAAACUUCAGGGCAAAGAUGCCUCUCCUUCAAAAUAAAAAAUAAAAAAAGCACUGUAAAAAAGUAAUGUGUACAGAUUUAUAACGUUUUAAAUUAAUUUAUGUAUUUUGUUUCAUUUUGAACGUCAGAAAUAUAACAGGUGAUACUAUUGAUUUUGUAAAUAUGUUUGGAAUUUUGUCACUUUAAGCCUCUUUUAGCACCAUUUGAUCUGCAGAUUUUUUCUUGACUAGACAUAAUGCUGAUGCCUUUUUAUUUAUAAAGUUGGCCUAUUUAUUAUGUCCAGCCCAGAAUAAUUUAUUUAGAGAAGCAAAACUGCAAGAGGGAACAUUUUGGUCUUGCAUUACAUGUACAAGAAGUGAGGAAAGAAAACACACCGGCACUUUGUGUGCAAACAGGAACAGAGAUUGUCACACCUUCGAACCCCCCCCACCCCACCCCCUACCCCCCACCACCACCACACACACACACACACACAUGCGGUUAAGUCCCAAAAUACACAAUCAGAGUAAAUUAAACUGAACUAAGAGCGCAAAACAAAUUGAGGUUUAUAGAAAAUAGUCAAUUUAGUCAAGCAAUAUUUUUGACAAGUAACAUAAAAAUCAACUCUGACUACAUAUUUUCAACAUAGGGAGUUUUUCUAUCCCAAAAUACUGUCCAGACUAACCAACUUUGUGUAGUGAUUGGAUAGUAGUAGGAGAAAGUAAAACCUAUUUACAACUUUUUGCUAUUCAGUGCCAAGGAGAAAGCCAGCAGAAGUAUAUAAAAGCAUUAGGUUGGAGAGUUAAAAAACCGGCACCCUCUGGAAGGAUUUAAAAGCCCUCUAUGACGAGCCAAAUCUGUCUUUAAUUUACAAGACAUUUAGUUUGCAUUGUUCCCCUCUGUGUUCGGGCCUGAGCCAGUGCUGCCUUGCCUCAAACUGUCCUCUUAAUGAGGAGUUGUGCUGAGUAUGCAUGUUUCACUUUUCUCCAUAUAGGUAGUUUUACCUGAGAGUUUAACACAAGUAUUAUCGUAAGGAUGUUACCCGUCGCAUCAGUCUUUAGCUCCCUCCAUAGUUUACCCACAAUAAAAUGCUGUUUACCCCUAAAACUGUCACUUUAGGCUAAUUCUAUGCAACUUUGGCUAAGCAAAUUAUGCUAGCAGAGCUAAUUCUGAAGUAAUUUGUGACAAAACAACACAAACUGUAUAUUUUAUCCUCACAGACGGCUCCACUUUUAAAAGCCUUAAAAACAUGAAUUGAAAUUUGCUUCACACGUUUAACAGUUGGUGUUUUCUGACUCUGAAAUAUGGCUGAUUAGUUUUGCACAACCAGUAUUCAAAUGGCCAAAAAGACGACUUAAGAUGGAUUAAAACUUCAUUUGUUGAAAGUGAAGACACUUAAUGAUUACAUUAAGUGUAACGGGAACUUUGUUGAAAGUAAAAUGUUUUCAGUAUUUCAGUUAUUUGGCAUGUAAUCAGUGCUGAAAACUGCAACAUGUGACACUAAACCUCUCAAUGGGCUGAACUAUGAACUUUGUGAUGCUCCAGAAAUUAGAAUAUUUUACAUAAUCAGGGUAAUUAAAAACCCAUUAUGGUAAAUUAAUAUAUUGAAGAGCUUCACCAGACCAGCCAGGUGUAUUAAGAGGCCAAAGUGACGAUUUGUUUUAAUUUGGUACAGCUAUUUUGUUUGGUUUAUGCAGCAUCAUUAGCCUGGACCUUCUGUUGUUUUUUUCUGAGUGAAUGCUGUGAAAGCUCAUAUUGUAAAAGCACUACAAGAUGGGGGGAAAAAAGCUAAAUAAUUUGAAUUAUUCUUGCCUUUUUUUGGACAUUAGUCUGAUAUGUAUGUUUUGCAAAUAGCUUAACGAGUGUGUUUGACGAAAAAUGUGUAAUUAGGUGUGGCAACUAUGCUGUGUGUUGUCAUCCCAUGCAUCCUCUGAGUCAUUCUGUGCAGGCUGCAGAGCUUCAUUGGCAGGUUCCAGUGGAAAACGACGCAUGUGCCAUGACACCUGCAAUAACGGUGUCUUUAAAUGUUUUGGAAACAACCCGUCUCCACUGGCAGGAAAUAUUUGCCAGCAUUUUUUUUAUUUGUUUCUAAGGAAAGAUAAAUAAGGGGAAACAAACUUUUUUUAUAUAUGUAUAUUCAUGUGUUACUUGAAAUUUUAUGAAUUGGAGAGAUUAUGUCCAAUUAGUACUAAUUAUGAGAGUCUGUAUUGUACUGUACAUAAGCACCGAUGGCUGAAGCAUUGUUUAAUACGAGUAGUGAAUGUUAUUUGUGCCACAGUGAAGACUCAAUUACAUCUUGAUCUGAGGGAUUGGUAAAUAAACUGAAGACUAAAAAAAUGUUAUUAUCUUAUAAGAUUCCAACGGUUUUCUAAAGCAUGGUUGGUUAAAGUGGUUGUUUUACCAAUGGAGGAAAAAUCCAAGUUUUUCCUCCUGGAAGUAAUCACACUUCAAAAACACAAAAUCUUACCAAAUAUUUUUAGUCUACUGUAGUUUUUAGUUCAAAUAUCUUAGUACACCUGAAAUAAGACAAAACUAACUAAUAAAUUACCUUUAACUCAAUAAUUCUUUAUUAUUGGGGGGAAAAAUACUAGUUUGAUUGGCAGACUAUUUCACUUACAACACAGGAGAAGUGUUUUGUUAUAAGUGAAAAUAAUCUGCCAGUAGAACUAGAAUUGGGUUGCUAGGUGACUGGGUGGGCUUGGCUGGUGUUGCUAGGUGACUGGCUGGGCUUGGCUGGCGUUGCUAAGUAACGGCACAGUGACCAUUGUGAAGUUAAAUAAUCUGCCAAUGGAACUGGUAUGUUUUUCAUCAAUAUUAAGGAAUUAUUUACUUAAAACAAGUUGCUAUAUCUCGCUGAAAAGCUGCUUGCAUGUUAAUUUUGUCUUACUUGAAGUGUACCAAGAUAUUUGCAUUGGAAACUAGACUAAAGAUAUGUGGUUAGAUUUUGUGCUUUUGCAGUGCACCUUCAUCCAUAAAACGAGAACACUUUAGGAAGUUCAACACAAUAAAGUGCAAUAAGCCGUAAUCUUGCCUUUUUAGUGGCUUUCAUUGUGACUGUUGGACUAAAAUGUUUAAUCUACCAUGUAAGCCAUUUGUCUUUGUAUUGAAUUCAAUUGUCGCCUGAUGGUUUUGUUUGUUUUUUUUGUUUAAAUGCACUGUUUCUACUGAGCCUCGGAUUGAGCCAUGAACGGAGAAGAUGUUACAAAAUGGAUUUAAAAUUCUGUUUUUAAAUUUCAAGCAAAUUCUCUGGAAUAUAAAAUAUUUUACUUGUGUGCAGCUCUGUGAGUUAGUGUAGUAAUGUACUGUGCUGCCAGAACUUUUUCACAUCCUACUUGCAUGAGAUCAGUAUUUAUUUUCCUGAUUUUAUAAUUGUUUUCCCCCCUUUUUUAUUUUGAUAAGCAUACAUUCACCUUAUUACAUAAUACCUUAAGUCUGCUCCCUGUAGGUUUUGGGACAUUUGGUAUUUAAGUCACAUUGUUAUUAUUGCUGGUUUAUUUAUGGAUGUACAUUUGUUUUGCUUUUGCUCAACAUUCAGAGAGGCGACGGUUGUAUUCCCUGACCGACCGACUAACUGGUCACCAGGGCAUUCUGUGAAGUUGUGUAAAUAAAUUUGUUAAACAUUCA